AUGAAACGUCUGCUACCGGUGAACGUACCAAAAACAAAAGCGAUGAUUGUUUAUAGUGCAGUAUCACCGGGUCAACCGGAAAUUUUUUACCGUGGUCAAAAAAUUACGUACGUUAAUUCAAACAAAUUUCUGGGAGUAAUUAUUUCAACCAAGCUAGGGUGGGGGAAGUACAUUAGCGAACGACUAAAGAAUGUAAGAAGUACAUAUAAUGCGUUGAGAUUUAUUUUCAAUGACAUUCCAAAAAACCAAAUAGCAAUCCGUCGUAAAUUAUUUCUAGCAUAUUCUCUUCCUCACUUUACUUUACUUUUUUGCACGUGGUUCUUUUUUACCGAAAAUCAAAAAGAGCAAAUUGAGCAUAUUUUUUGUUCUGGUUUGCGUAUGGUAUAUUCGUUGUGGGAAUGGGAUGAUGUAACAACUUUAAUUUUAAGUAGAGAAUUAACACUGUGCGAUUAUCUUUUGAAAUAUUGAUUAAGGUUUAACAAACAUUUAAACGAGUCUGCUGAAGCAACAUCUUACCAGCAGACGUUUUCAUCGUAUUUGAGUGCUAAAUCUCCUGAUAAGGUGUGAUAUAGAUCAAUGGGGUUUAGCAAAAAUAGUUUUUUUCUUACUAGAUUCUCAAAAAGAGCUCAACAUAGCAAGAUUGACUUGCUUAGAUUUAUUGAUGUCCAGAUCAACCAGUUUGCUUUCUUGUCAAAAGAUACUUCACAAAUUCACUUGUUUAUUAAAAAAUAUUUCGACUUGCCCCCCAUAAAGAUUCUGUCUUUUUUCUUUUAUUGACUAUUUUGUUUCUCUUUCUAUAGUAAAAUCAGAAUCCUAACUGUCAUAAGAAAAUUCAUUCAAGAUGAGUUUUCUUGUCCAUAAAAGUUGUGUUUUUUAGUGUUGUGGCAAGAAAAGGAGCUUUCAAGAGAUGAAAAAAUAAGAUUUUUACCUUUCUUAAGGUUCUCGAAGAAAAGUCCGAGUAAAACAUGAUGUAAUCAGGGCUGAAAAAGUAUAUUCGAAUAUGCAAGACGCGGGGGGGGGGGGGGUGUUUUUUUUUAGGGUUUGUGGGAGUAUGGGGUGGACGUUGGGGGGAAUUGGGGUGGGGG